CCUGUAACACUAUAUAUAAACCAUAUACAAUCAAUCUUAUACAGAAACCCACAUUACAUAUAACCUUUACCUUCCAUCAGAACAACCAUCCUCUUCAAUUCCAGCAAGUAUCAGAACUUGAAAUGGGCCGUUGGAUUAAACCAGAGGUGUACCCAUUAAUAGCUGCAAUGACAUUUGUGAGUAGCAUGUGUGUAUUUCAGCUUACAAGGAACGUAUUGCUUAACCCUGAUGUCAGAAUCAACAAAGCUCACCGCACCACAGCAGUGCUUGAGAACCAUGAAGAAGGACACAAGUAUAAAGAGCAUAGUCUGCGCAGGUUCCUUCGAACCAGACCUCCUGAAGUCAUGCCUUCAAUCAAUCACUUCUUCUCUCAACAAAAAUAGAGACAUCCAUUCAUUCUGUUUGAAAGCAGAACAUCAUCUUCUUUAAUAUAAACUGGAUUUGUUUAUGAACAUACACACAAGUACAAUUACAACAUAUGUUUGCUUGUUCUUUCUCUUGUAAUUUACCUUUGACUAUUAAUAAAGCUUCCUUUGUCUUCUA